CCAGCCGCUACCCCGGCAGCCCGGCAGCCCGACAGCCGCCCCGCCGCCCCGCGACACAGCACAGCCUGGGACCGAGCCCAGCCCGCGGACACAGGGCCAAGUCCGCGCCGAGCCCACCGAGUGCAGCAGUGCAGUGAGAGGGCGCAUCGGUCGGCGCGGAGUGAAGGUGCUGCAGGAGCCACGCGCCGCCACGCCAACCAGCAGCGCACCCAGCAGCGCAGCGCCCAGCGGGGGCCGACGAGCACCAUGAGGACCGCGACGUCGCUCGUGCUCUUGGGGAUGCUGUGGGCGGUGACCGUCAACGCGGCCGCAGCAAAACGAGGUGAGCGAGACAGUGAAGACUUCUUUUUUCGACAGCUUAGGUCUCCAUUCGAGAGAAAACUAAAGGGAACGAGAAGGGGCUGCUCGGCGUACGGCCACUCCUGCUUCGGCGGCUACGGCAAGCGCGGCGGCGGCGCGCUGGUGGCGCCUCUGCCGCUGGCCAUGCCGCGCGACCAGCGGGGCCAGGCGGAGGGCCAGGCGGACCGCGACGCCGACGCGGGGAUGCAGGCCGGGAUGCAGGCGGAGGCGGAGGACAAGGCCACCGUGCCCGCCGUGGAGCUGGACGGCGCGCGCGGCGUGCCCUUGGGGUUGGGCGUGCCUCUGGGCGCGCCCGGCCUGCACGCCGGCGACGCCAACGACGCCACCCUCAUCAUCCUCCGGCAGACUCCAGUUAGCUCCCGCGCGCCCCUCUGGGGCAGGUCGCUGGCGCCACCCGCGAGGAUGCUGCGCGGCGACGGCGGCGACCUGGACAGGGCGGACAGCGACGAGGAGGCCGACCCGUACAACGCCGUGGCCAACCGCCUGUUCCUGCGCCGCUGGUUGAGGACCUACCGUCGACCUGCUGAGCGCAGCCCGCACUAAGCGAUGUCCGAGACGAGCCCCCUCCCAGCCUCCCUCCGCGCUGCCCUGCCGUUGGCUGCCGUCCGCAACGGCAACGCUUGGAGCUUGCUGCUGGACCACCCCGUCGAGAAGGCGCACGGGGGCAUCAACACCAGUCUACCAGUCUGCUGCAGGGCCGCGCGGGCUCCGACACCACGGGUCGGCGCGCACCGCUCCACGCUUCUGUCCCUACGCAUGCCUCCAUCCCGGCACACCCUGGGACUUCCCCGAACACCGACUCAGUUUAACCGCGCUCCCCUGCCCCUGUAUCUCCAGCAGCGCUUGGGCAUCGUGGGUCCCCCGCAGCACUUGGGCCUGCAGUGCCUCUAGGGCCACUAGGGCCACCAGGGCGCGCGGCCAUGGCCGCAGCGCCGUGCCGUGGCCUCUGCGGUGGACCCACUGGCUGGAGUCCGAAGCGCUCAACGAGUGGGCAGGCGCGCCACGGUCCCCACGACGUCAGUGAGGGUGGCCAUCGUUGCGGAUCGUCAAAACACACCCCAAAUUUAUGCUGAUCUCACAAAAACUUCUGUUAAUCUCAACUACAUACGCUUGUGGAUGGAGAAAAGAGCGGACGGGGAGGGGGGGGGGGAGGAGGAGGGGUAAUUUACUGACGGCCAUACUGACCACCUGCGUUAAUAGGCAUGAGCAAAUUAUCACUCAAAUCCAUACCCAGGAACGAAAAUUUGUUAUUUUGGGACUUUAGAUUGUAACACAGUGACUGCUAGGUUGCAAUAUGGAGAGCCAAACAAAUGAAUGGAGGCACAGUCUCUCCAUAGAGGGGUAGCAAUGCAUCUGCUCCUACCAAUGGCCUCUCCAUACUGCUAUGGUGGAUGAGGGGUUGACCGGCCACCUUCACUGACGUCACCAAUGCAUAUCGAGUGUUAUUAUUAUUCUGGUGUUUUUGUUUCAAGUAGUGUUCUAAAAUAUGAUAAUGUCAUCUUUUUUGUCGUCCAUUGAAUUGUUAAAGAAUAAACAUGUGAACACAUGGCCUCAGCUUUAUGUAGUCUACUUCUAUUUUAGUGAAUUUGAGAUGAAAUAGUCCUUCACUAGCAAUGAUAGUUUUGUCAAUUAUAAGUCAUAGACGAUUAUUCAUUACUACUCCACUUCCUUAUCACUAAAUUUCAGACGUUGAAACACAGCAUCUGAUGAAUAUUGUAUUAAUUUAACCUCCUCUCAUCUUUUACUCCGUUUUAAUUUUCUAAAAUAGAAAAAAAUGUAGAGAAUGGUUCUCAGGUUAGAAGACUGGUUUGAAAAAUAAACAUGAGUCAUGCAAAA